AUGGGCGCGAACAAAAUCGCGCGUGCGCAUUCCCAUGCUCGCGCCCAGCAGCAGCAGCAGCAGCAGCAGCAGCAGCAGCAGCAGCAGCAGCAACAGCCGCAACAACGUCGCCAUGGCCAUCACCCUGUAGGUGGCGGAAAUAGCGGAAACGCCAACAGCACCACUACCACUGCUCCUUCCAUUAGUAACCGAGACGGACUCAUCCCCAACGGGGAUGCGACAACAACCCGACCUGGCACUACAACUACUACCAUACUCAUUGACGAUCGCGAUGACCUCGACCUCGAUGCUGCCGCCGCAGGCAACGACAGUGCUGACAACUGCCUAAACCUCACCGGCGACCGUGAAGGUCCCCGCAAACACGGGAAGCGCCUGACCACCCUUGAGGAAGUCUCGCUGUUCGAUAUCUGCAACCGCCAUGCUCACGAGUUUGGUCAGCGCAGUAACCUGUGCAAGUGGUGGAUGACGGUCACGGAGGAAUUCACGCGCGACCAGGGUCAUCCGUACUCGUGGCACUCGGUCCGACGCAAGGUGGAACUAGUGACCAAGCAACGAAUGAAGUUUCUGGACGAGCAGCGCGAGAGAGGGGGCAGUGAGAGCGAUGAUCGGUCGAAUCUCAGAUGGAGGGCUGCUGUGGAUGCGUGGAUUCCCACGUGGCAGAGGUGGGAGGAGGCUGAGGCGAGGCGGAUCGAGAAGAGGGACUCGAGGAGGCCGAGGAAGAGAAAGGACAGAGAGUGGGAAGUGUGGGUUAACGGCAACAAUGACGGGGUCAGUCCUGGCUUGGGGGCUUGGAGAGCGAUGGGGAGCGUGAGUGGCAGUGGAAGUCCGCUGGUGAACGUUGGUGGUGCUGCUGCGCAGCUUCCAACACCGUCGCAGCAAGCGCUCUCAACGCCGCCCGCCUCCACCCCCCAACACACCAAGGUCCGUCUACCCCCCGGGUUCGAUAAUAUGUUCGCCAGUCAGCCGCAGUCCCAGUACCACACCCCGACUCCAGUCCCAGCGACUAUGCUAGGCCGACCGUCUCUGGACGGGUCCCUCGCUCUACAACAACUGAACAGCGCCUCUUCAGGAGGCGAGGCGGGUAACGCAGAGUCGUCAUCAAUGAUGAGUGCCGUUCUCGAGACAUUGGGCAAACUCAACCGGCACCUCGACGCUGCCAAUUCCAGCACCACUCCAACCUCUUCCAAAAGCAAUAAAACCACUGACAGCCGCUCACGCGCUAUGUCCCAAGCCUCCUCCCUUCCGAUCCCUACUCACCUCAUCGCCACGCUCAAAGCCGAACUCCGCGAGGAGAUGCGCGAGGAGAUGCGGUCCGAGCUGGCCAAGGACCGCGCGAGUCUCGAGGAGAAGCUGGACUCGGUGCAACGGACGCAGGAGAUGAUCCUGGAGAUGUUGAGACAGGAGCCGUCUUGACGUGCUUUUCUUUUGCUUUCUCUCCAGUUUGUCUUCCCCCAUUGACUUCAUGUUCAUACCCUAUAUCCUCUUCGUUUUGUCUUCUCCUUUAUCGCGUUAUGUUUGCAUAUGAUACCCACUGGUCUAGAGCAGUGUUGUCUGUUUGGUUUGCUCGGCCAGCCUUUUUGCUACUUCAACAGUUUCCUUACAUCUUCCCCCUUUCCGCCUAUACACACUUUUAUUACCCUUCAAGAUACCUGAAAUACAUAUUUAAUUCCGCUG